AUGGCACUUGUCACGGAGGCUUUCAGCCUUGGGGCGCCGCCGACGCUGCCUGUCACCAGGCCGGCGCCGCCUCACGGCCGAACACGUGGCGCGCCAGAGCGAGGCGUUUCGUCCACGCUCACCCCAGCCGCCACAGCUUUGGCUGCGGGUGUUUUGGCGAACAGGCGCUCGGGUGGAGCGCGGGGCGCUCCGGCCCGGGGUGUCCGGAUCCAGGCCGUCGCUAGCAGCCGAACGAACGGGCUGGUGGAGCCGCACGUGGAGGGGCCGACCGACUUGGAGCAAGAGCUGGGCAGUCUUGGUGCGAAGGCCGCCGAUGUCCAGGCCAUGGAGCUUUCGAAGCUCGAGGCGGAGGAGGCCGAGGAUGAGGAAGCGGAGGAGGAGGGCUCUUUGCCCGAACCCGCGAAGCGCAUCGUGAAUACUCGAGAGGUGGAGCUCUGGCCAGGGAUACCAGAUCCCAUGGUGGACUUCGGUGGCCUCCCCAUCCCCCAGCGCCUCGCCGACGCUUUUACCGAGCGCGGCAUCCUCCAGCCAUCCAGCAUCCAGGAGCUCGUGAUGCCCAAGCUGGCCAAGGGCGAGCACAUCAUCCUCCAUGCCCCUACAGGCAGUGGGAAGACAUUCGCAUACUUGCUUCCCAUCCUCGCAAGGCUGCAACCGACCAUGCACGUCGGUGCACAGGCAAUCAUUUUUGUCCCGACGCCGGAGCUCGCCCUUCAGGUCACACGUGAGCUGAAGUGGCUGAUCUAUGUAUUGGCAGGUGGCUCCGAUGGCACUUGCUGGUUCAACCCGCAAGUUCCACAGGGGUUCUCCUGCGAUCCUGCAUCAGACGCUUUUGACCCAAGAUUCCGAUGUUUAGAAACGUGCCUUGGCUACGGCUCAAGCUCUCAAAACUUUCUUCGCACGCAAUACUUUCGCCUUGGCGACCCGUGCAUCAUGGCCCCAAUGAGCCAUCCGAUGGAUCAGCAGAUCACCGCAGAGGGCCCGACGAUCGCCAUCUUCAAUGUGGCAAUGAUCGGCCACGUGAACCCUACCUUCGCCCUAGUGCAGGAGCUCUGCAAGCGCGGCUGCAAGGUAAGCUACUUCUUGCCGCCUGUUGCUCCGAUCCGUGCUGCUGCCAUGGAGUCUGGGGCAGUCGUGGAAGGCUACCUCCCUGAGGAUCCAUCAGACUUCGUGAUGGAGAAGUGUGGCAUUGACGAGCCGUUGUGUCACGUCGCGCCCGAGAUUCUGGAGGACGACCGUGCAUUAUACGAGAGAGCUGUUUGGCCUCUGGCCCAGGCCCUCCUGUGUGGGGAGUAUGUCAUCGAGCGGUGCCGACAGCUGGGAGUCAGCGUGGUUCUCUACGACCCCGUCCUGCCCCUUGGGCUCCUGGCAGCCACGAAGUUAGGCAUCCAGUGCGCCUCCUUGGUCACCUACCCCGGUAUGGGGAGUCUUUCCGGCUUGAUGUCGACAUUGGAGGCUGAGGGGCGGCUGGAGCGCGCUGGCGCCAUCCGCAAGCCUUACGGAAAGGCUAUCCAAGAUAAAUUCGGCGUGGACUUGUGCUGCAACCUCCUGACACGCCGGCAGUUCUAUACAAAGACGAACUUUGUCACCACUUGCGAGGACUUGAUCGCUGAGCUGCCAGCAUCGGGAGAGCAGAAGUGGGCGGAUGAGCUGCGCACGGAGUUCAGCUUUUCGGCAGUCGGCUGCCUCGUCAGCAGCUCUGCGCCGCAUGUGAUCACAGCACGGUCAGACAGCUUCAUCCCGCGCGUGAAGAGCUUCGGCCACUCCUUGCCUGUCGCGGAGCUUUCGGAUCAGCUGGCCAAGGGCAGGAAGAUCAUCUAUGCCGCCUUGGGCACCAUGGCGCUUUCAGAUCGUUGGAGCAUUGACCUCGGCCGUAUCAGUGGCUACAACCUUCCUCACGGGACCACUGGCAAGGCCUUCUGCCAGCAUGUCUGGAAAGCUCUCCUCGCUGCCAUGGAGGAGCUUGGGGAUGAUUUCUUUUGCCUUCUCUCUGUGGGGAAGCAGCCAGAUGCCCUGGACUUCCUGGGCAGCAGCGAGGCAGAGAUUUUCGAGCUCGUACCCAGCAACGUCCUGAUCCGUGGGUUUGUCCCACAGGUGGACAUGCUGAACAACUACACAUCCGCCUUCAUCUCGCACGUCGGCUUCAACAGCCUCCAGGAGAGCCUGAUGGCUGGAGUGCCCCUGGUAGCCAUCCCACAGGCAGUCGACCAGCCGGCCAACGCCUCCAAGGUGGAGCAGAGAGGCUGGGGACAAGCCUUCUUCAAACCCAUGGAGACAGUCAGCAGCACUGCUUUGGCGCAGUCUUUGUGCCAGGUGUGCGAUAAGAAUAGCAUGUACCGACAGCAAGUGCAGCGUGCCCGCUCGGAGCUCGCGGGAGGCGCGCCGCGGCUGGCCGAAAGGCUGCUUUCGAUGUCGUAUCAGAGCAGUGCGGCCUGGGGCGAUUGCAGACUCCCGACACCUCUCAUGGCUUUGGGUUCUCUCCACGUAUUUGAGAAGAUUGCCGGACGGUUUAAGCUCGAAGCUGAUGAUGAGAUCAUCAGCUGCCACGGGGCCGCAGUCGUCGACGCACGGCAGACUAUGAAGAAGCAGAGGUCCGAACAAAGAGGCCGGAUGACGCAAGCACAGAGCGCCAUUUCAAAGUCCCGUGUCAUUAACUUUCUGAGGAAGAAUGGCUUCAGCCACGCAGUCGCAGACCUCAACUCGCCGAAGCGCACCGUAUUUGGCUUUCGCCGAACAUUCCCUGUGCACCAUGCCGCAAAACAGAAAGACUGGGACAUGGUGAUUCUUUUGCUUUACUUCGGUGCAGAUCCACUGUGCCGUGACAGCCAGAAUCGAGACCUUUCCAGCUACUUGGGCCAGGAGGCACCUGCAAAGAUCCACCGGUUCCUGGAACUCGCCUGCAGCGUCCUGCUGUCGAGAUCGAACUUGUGGGAUACAAUCCGCCAGGACUCUGCAAUCAUGGUCUCGACACCAGGCAUGAUCCUCAGCGAGAUUCGUCAGCUAAAGUUCGAGGGCAGGCGGUUCAAAGAGACCCUUGCCUACUUCAUGGCCAGCAAUGUUCAGGCCAUCGUCGUGGACGAAGUGGACGCGCUGACGCCGGUGCCAAAACCAGGAAACAACUCGCGGCGGUUUGGUGCAACCGAGCAGGUCGUGGCCUACAUCAUCAACGUUGUGAAAAGUCGAUAUCGGAAUCGGCCGAUUCAGAUGAUCGCAGCUUCGGCCACUGCCAACUGCCAGAGAGUAUCAAAGUUCCUGGAUCGGCUGAAUGCCUGGAAGUGGAACAAGAGGCGCGACAUGGCCAGGAGGCAGACACCAGAGCUGAUCCAGGCCAAUGCCACCGUGGGGCGCGUAGGCGCCAGUCCCGGAAAGAUCCGGGGGCCCUCGAAGCCGGUAGUCCCGAUGCCAUCGAGCAUAACCCAUGCGGUGGCUGUGGUGAAGGGCAAUGAACAGGGCAAUUUCUUCAGUCAGGACCGGUUCAAGCUGCUGGUGGAUAUUGUCAAGAACUUGAAAGAGAAGGGCACUGUGCUCCUUUUCGUCCCGGAGCAUGUGAAAAUGGAUGCCAUGGUGCUGAUUUUGCAGAAGGGUGGCAUUCCGGAUGUCUGCAAGUAUCGCUCCGAAGUCGGCCUGGGCAUCUCAACAGAGAAGGCCCUGGAUCCAAGCUUUCAGCGAAACCCCCGGAAAAAUCCGAACAAGCGAGCUCCACCCGCCGAGCAGGACAUCAGCCCGCUGCAAGCGCUGCAGCAGGGCCAGGACUUCGUGGAGCAUCUUGAGCAGGCAGAGCGCCGUGUACUCGUGGCGAAGGCCCAGGAGGGCAGAGGCAUUGAUCUGCCCAACGUGCGCUACGUGGUGCAGCUGCAGCUCCCGGAGGCCUCCGGCGAAUACCUCCACCUCGCCGGACGAACGGGCCGCAUGGGUGCUACGGGAACUUCCAUCACUCUCGUCACGGAGGCGGAACUCGAGGGCGCGCUGCCUCUCAUCGGCUGGAAGAUCGGAGCAUCCUUCGACAAGUGGGAUGUUGAGCGAGGCCAGAUCGCAGAGGGUGCCAAGGUGCAAGCCACCUUUUCGUGA